CCAGAGUGUAUAUUGGGAGGCGAAUAAAAUAACCAAACGAAAAUUCAAUGAAAAGGUUUUUCCAUUUCUCGUCGCUAGCUCUGUCUUUAUUUUAAGUGUUGUGCUGUGACAAACUUCUUCUUCAUACAUACAUAUUAAAUUUAAAUAAUAUAAAAUUAAAUAUUUAAUUGAUAUCUCCAAAUCUAUAAAACUUAGAAAGUAGAACUACAAAAGAAGAAAUGAAGCUCUUUUAGGAGUUUUCUCAGAAUUCAUAAUCAUCCUUUUUAUUUUUUUAUUUUUUCUCAAAACUCCUUCCUAUAAAAGUCCAAAUUUGAAAAGUGCAAAGUGUAUCUACAUAUAGUGUGUUAGUGUUGUGAGUGAAGUGAAAAAAUUUCCUGAAGCCUAUAUAAAGAAGGGCCUUGUAGCCAAGAAGUCUACGAGUAGAGCUAUCUAUUUCUUUUUCCUUCUCGAGAAAAUAUCAAAAAGAAAGAAAUGGCCAUGAGGAGAACAAGACGAGGUCGGUUCUGGAAUAUGGGGCUGUUGUUCCUGAUAUACACAUGCAUUUCGGUAUACUCUCAAAAAUCACCCGAAAACAUCGAAGACCUAGACAAAACGAAUUUAGAAGAAAAUUUCUCACCAAAUCCACAGAACAACCCGGAUGAGUAUACAACCGCGAUACCAAAAGAAGAAUUCCCCACAACAACGCCUACCGCCCCUCAUCAUAGACAUGCCGUACCUACUUGGAGGCCGAAAAGAGAAAAUUGCACCCCGCCAGCUAUCGAACAAUUUCCACCACCCUUAAUGGGUCAAUAUGCUAGACGCCAUGGCGGCUUGAUACUUCACUUUAUUGUAGCGAUAUUUACUUUCUUCGGCUUGGCCAUUGUGUGUGAUGAUUAUUUUGUCGCUAGCUUGGACCGAAUCUGUGAAGAAAUGAAACUGUCUCCGGACGUAGCAGGAGCUACAUUUAUGGCAGCCGGCAGCUCUGCUCCUGAAUUGGCAACUGUUGUUAUAGGAGUAUUCUUUGCUAAAGAUGAUAUCGGUAUCAGUGGCGUGAUUGGAUCGGCUGUCUUUAACAUCAUGUUCGUAAUAUCAGUUUGUGCAUUAUGUUCCGGAACCGUUUGCCAACUUAAUUGGUAUCCAUUGGUGCGUGAUUGCUUCUUUUAUUGCCUCUCAAUUCUCGUUAUGCUGAUUAUAAUAUUUAACGAUGUUAUAUCUUGGAUGGAAUCUGUGGUGAUGUUGCUCUUCUAUGUCGUCUAUUGUGUAACACUUUGCUUCAAUUCUGACAUUGAGAAGUGGGCUCUGUCUUUGAAUCUUCCAAUAAAGCUUCCUACAAAAGAAGAACAAUCAGCUCUGGUGACAUACAAGAAUCUUCCCGACACGUCCUAUACGCAAGGAAAUCAACAGCAAACCAGCCUUUCACAGGAACCUGGUCAACAGCAGCAACAACAGCAACAGCAGCAGCAACAACCGUCCGCAGAUUAUCAAAGUUAUUCAGAUCCUAAUGCUGGAUGGGAUCCAAACUCUGCCUGGGGUGAAGAGCCAUCAGCUCAGCCAGUAGCCAAUGUUAAACCGAGCCAGCCAGCAGGUGGCGACGAUUGGGGGAUGAAUCAAUUUGCACAGAAUGAAGGUCAAGAGAACUAUGCAUACAAUGCUGACCAGCCCGAUCAAGUAGUAACACAAAAAGAAGCUUCUAACAAGCAAUCCACUGCUGUCGUGGGAAAGCCUGAUGCUCAACAAGGUGACUUCUACAAGUCCCGCGAUCCCAAGAAUACUGAACCACGACCAAAUCCACUAGAUCGUCCUGUGGAUGGUGGACUUCCAGCUCUGAUUUCAUGGUAUAUAGUAUAUCCAAUUCAUUAUACUUGCCAGAAAACAAUGCCGGAUUGCCGAACAGAAAAAUACCGAAAUUGGUAUCCAUUCACGUUCUUCGUGUCAAUGGUAUGGAUCUCAUUCUACUCAUACUUCAUGGUAUGGAUGAUUACCGUGAUUGGCUUUACACUCGGCAUCCCGGACACCGUUAUGGGACUGACAUUUGUUGCUGCUGGUGUUUCUGUACCCGAUGCCCUAAGCUCAAUAGCUGUUAUCAAAGAAGGAUUUGGAGACAUGGCAGUUUCUAACGCGAUCGGAUCAAAUGUCUUUGAUAUACUAGUGUGCUUAGGUCUUCCGUGGUUCAUACAAACUGCUAUAAUAAAGCCUGGUUCACAUGUUAAUGUUAUUUCGAAAGGUCUGGCCUAUUCAACAUUAUCGCUAUUCUCGACAGUAGUCUUCCUUCUUUUGUCAACACAUUUGAAUGGAUGGAAAUUAGAUAAACGUUUGGGUAUUAUUCUGAUGGUUUGGUAUCUUUUGUUUAUAACACUCGCGUCGUUAUAUGAAUUGAAUGUAUUUGGUCAGCUUAAUCCAGAACAAUGUCAUAGCAAAUACUAAGAAGAUUCGAGGAGAACCAGUUUCCAAAUGGAUAUUUACAAUUCUACAUACUACAUCAAAAACAAUAUAAAUUAAAUCAAUCAUUAAAGAACCACCAGAAACAAAAAAAAAUAAUAAAAAUAAAAAAGUAUACAUUUAUAGCUAUAUGCCAUUCAGUCAUUGUUGUAUAGAUGAUGAUUACAAAUUUGACAAACCUUAAAAAACAUUAAUUCAUUAAACAAACAGUUAAUUUAAACAUAUAUAUAUUUAUAUAUGUUAAUAGUCAUAAAUAUAUAAUAUUUAAAAACAAAUAUCUAUAACCAAUUCGCCCUUGUUAACACAUUAACUGUUUUAAUUUAAAUUUAUUUCACCAAGAGUAUUUUAAAAUAUAAUUUAAGAAAAAUUAUUUAUUGUAUUUAUAAUUAUUAUUGUUAAACAAAAAAUAUAUUCUAAUUUUUGUGUGAUAUUAUACAUAACAUUAUUAAAGAAAGGCAAACUGAAAGAUGAUAUUAAAUUUUUGUUUGUAUUUUAAUUUAAAAGUAUUAAAUCGUUAACACUCGAAACAAUAAAUUAAUUAUAAAUUCUCAAGCUAAAUUGAAAUUAAUAACAAAAAAUAUAUUAAACUUAAAGUCGAAAACAACAGAAAAUAUGAACAAAUGAUCACUAUUAUAAGAAGAUCAACAACUCCAAGUAAUAAUUAGAAGAAAUAAAAAAUCGCGUUAAUAUUAUUAAUUAAAAGAAACAAAACCUAGCUAGGAAGAUUCUUAUGAAGUAUAGACAAAAUAUUAAACCGGAAAUAAACUAAUAAAUCGCGAACAAGGAAUUUAAAUUGUUAAAAAAAAACACAAUGAUAUACUUAAAAUGUUUAUUUGAUUUUGUAUUGAAGACGUUUUGAAAGCAUUUUUAGAGGUCAAGGAAUAUUUGAAUAUUUUUUUAAGGAAACAAAAAUGCAAAAAGGACCACUGUGCAAUGUAUUUAUUUAAGCACAAUAACAGAAAAGAUUUCAUUUAUAAAAACAAAAACUAAUUACAUGCAACGAAUCACACAGGAAUAGAAGUGAAUGUUUAUUUUGUUAUCAGUUCAAUAUGGUAUUUAAUGUUUUUAAGUAAAGACGAACAUUUCUGUUAAAUUAACUAUCUAAAUAACUCAAUGAGUUUUCACUGUAUUGAAUAUUGAAGCUGAAGAAUGAUAGUGUGUUUGUAGUUUGAAUUUAAACUGAAAUCGCUUAAACGAAAAUUUUAACCAGUGUCGCUUUUAAAUUUAAAUCAAAAUUAUAGAAAAUUAUUUGUGUAAACAGCUGCAUGACAUGUUUUUGGUAACAACGGCUUUAUUUCUUUGAUUUAACAAAGGUUUCCAUGUGUGUGCCCAUUUUUAAACAAUUUGAAAGGAUAAAAACAUGAAAUCGAUUAAAAAUUAGCAGUAUUACAAUAAAGGUGUCGC